UGUCAUUGCCCGCCCCGCACCUCUCUCACCUCCCUCCUCACGUCUGUCAUGGGAAUCAAGCAAGACCUCAUUGCCACGCUAGGCGAAUUCACGGGCACGACGCUCUUUUUGCUUCUCGCGCUGGGAGGCGCCAAGACUGCGCAGUACACUCGUACGUCGAGCCAGACGGAGGGUCUGCAGACCGCACUUGGUAACCAGACAAUCAUCUUCAUCGCCGUCUCGUUUGGCAUCUCGCUCCUAGUCACCGCCUGGGUCUUCUAUCGCGUCACCGGCGGCCUCUUCAAUCCGGCCAUCACAUUGGCACUCUGGCUCAUUGGUGGGCUCGGCGCAUUGCGCGCCAUCUUGCUCGUUGUCGCCCAGCUCGCAGGCGGAAUCGCGGGAGCUGCCCUCGUCGCAGCGCUGACUCCGUUCGGCGGAGCACAAUCGGUGACAACAACGCUGGGGCCCGGCGUCAAUAUCGGUCAAGGUCUCUUCAUCGAGGCCUUUCUCACUGCCACGCUCGUGCUCACCGUCCUCUUCCUAGCCGCCGAGAAGCAUCGCUCCACGUACCUCGCGCCCAUCGGAAUCGGGCUCGUCCUCCUCUCGGACCAUCUCUUCGGAGUAGCGUGGACAGGCUGCGGCAUCAACCCCGCGAGGUCCUUUGGACCUGCAGUCGUCUCGGGCUCCUUCCCUGGCUAUCAUUGGAUCUACUGGGUGGGCCCCCUCAUCGGCACGCUUCUUGCUGUGGGCUUCUACCUUAUGCUCAAGGCCUUUGACUACACGUCCGUAGUCUUCGGCCAGGACGCCGACCACGAAGUUACGGAAGCUGAACGCCACGUCGUAGGUUCAUCCCUCUUCCGCCGUCUCGGUCGCAAGUUCGUCGUCUACCACACCAAGGAGGGCGCACCGCGCCCAACGGAGUCCAUCGUCAUGUAUGAUUCGCGCGACCCAGCUAUGCAAGAGGCCAUCCGUCACGGCAAGGCGACGAUUGUCGUUCCCGCAGACAUGGAGGCUGGUGUCGCAACUGAAGCCGCCGCCGAUGGCAAACCUGCUACGGCGCCGCAACUCGUAAAUGGGGUACCCAGCAUGCGUCCCGAGGCUCAGGAUGUAGGCGGGUUGCAGGUACCCGGUACAACGUCGGGAGGUAUCGCCAUACUCCCCAUCGCCAAGGUGAUCCUGCAGAGCUAAUUGCACAUACACGUAGACUGUCUUUGCUGCUUCACGUCCGUUAAUGAACAUUGAUCACCGUUGAGAAGCUCGAUGGGCGAGCGGUGAGAACAAGCGUAGAUAGACGCUGGCUCGGCGCCGAACCCCGCCGUCACCGCUUGGAUGGUCCACGCCAUGGCAUGCCUGGUCGGCCCCCCCGAGGCCAGCUACGCCGGCCGCGCUUUGCAGUCGCACCUCGGUGUGUUUGCCUCGCAGGCCCACGUCCUCGCGUUUGCGUCAGCCCUCGCCCACGAGACUCGUCUCUUGGUCCGAGUCGCUCUUGGCGUUCUCCUUUCUCUCCUUCAUUGCCAUUCCAU